GACAGAAACUCCAACAAGCCUGGAACAAGUGAAGGGUGAGUAAAAAAAAAGACUACCUGAAAUACCUGAGAAAGCAGGGUCUAAGACAUAGUAAUGUGAGUAUAUAAAUAAUGGUGAACAUGAAAGUGUGUGCACAAUCAUUAACAAUCAAUUCAUAAUGGCAAACUUAGUGUCAACAGAAACAUUUAUAACUGAAUCUAGAUUAAAAAAAAUAAACAUUGCAUAAUAUUCAGCUGUCAACUAUAGAUCUUUUUUCCAGUAGAAAGUCCAAGAUAUCGAUCUGUCAUAAAAAAAAAAUCCUCUUGUUGGUUUUGAGUAUAUAAGAGAGGGUUGAAAAGCUGAAGACAAACUUGAUCAGAUGAGGGAGAUGAAAGUUAUGGCUCUUCUUCCAUUUCUGCUUCUAACUGCUUUUCAAGCAAAUGCCAUUGGGUCAUGGACAACAGAUAACUGGCUGUAUUCAUCUGAAGGUUUUUCAGAAUUAUGCGGUGGCAAUAUGACAGCGUGGACAGGUGAAUUGUUCAGCCCUCGGUACCCUAAUAACUACCCUAAUAAUGCACGGUGCACAUGGACCAUUCACAGCACAGGAAACACAACUGUGUCCCUGACCUUCAACGACGUUGAUUUGGAAUCAUGCUGUGAUUACAUCAGAGUGCAUGAUGGUCCUUCUACCCUGUAUCCUUUACUGGAGGAAAUACGGGACUACAGGAAUCAGUCUUUUAAAUCCACAGGCAACACUCUGACCGUGCUUUUCUACAGUGACAGCAGCGUAACAAGAAGAGGAUUUCAAGCAAACUGGACCUUUGUAGGUCCUCCCUCAGACGACCCCUGCUACCGUUAUACAGUACUAGAUGAUGCUUGGAGAGCCACAACUUAUAAUGAAUCAAUCAUAAACUGUGACACAGCUGUGAAAUGGUUUGGCUGGUAUCGUCUCUUCAUCUAUGGCCAGAGUGUCCAGAUGCCAGACAGAUGUGUUGAUAAGUACAGAUGUGGCACUCACGCCCCCCUGUGGUUAAAUGGUCAACACCCAAAAGUUGGAGAUGGAGUGGUGACCCGAGAUGUCUGUGGUCACUGGUUGAGUGACUGCUGUUAUUACAGAUCUGCUCCCAUUAGAGUGAAAGCCUGUCCUGGAGGUUAUUAUGUCUAUGAGUUUGUUGAGCCACCCGCCUGCAAUCUUGCAUACUGUGCAGAUGUUGAAAAGCCCAACACCAGCUAUACAACUGUUACACCAGACACCCUCUCAUCAGCAAAUACCAUUGGGUCAUGGACAACAACAGAACCAUGCGGUGGCAAUAUGACAGCUUGGACAGGUGAAUUGUUCAGCCCUCGAUACCCUAAUAACUACCCUAAUAAUGCACGGUGCACAUGGACCAUUCACAGCACAGGAAACACAACUGUGUACCUGGCCUUCAACGAUGUUGACUUGGAAAAAUGCUGUGAUUACAUCAAAGUAUAUAAUGGUCCUUCAAUCUUCCACCCAUUUCUGGGAGAAAUAAAGGAGUUCAGAAACCAGUCUUUCAAAUCCAGCAGCAAUGAUCUGACUGUGGUUUUCUUCAGUGAUCACAGUGUAUCAGGAAAAGGAUUCCAUGCAAACUGGCUCUUUGUUGAAGAAUCAUGUGGUGGCAAUAUGACAGACUGGACGGGUGAAUUGUUCAGCCCCCGAUACCCUAAUAACUACCUUGAUAACUCAUAUUGCACAUGGACCAUUCACAGCACAGAAAACACAACCGUUUCACUGACCUUCAACGAUGUUGAUUUGGAAACAUGCUGCGAUUACAUCAGAGUGUAUGAUGGUCCUUCUACUCUCCACCCUUUACUGGAGGAAAUACGGGACUACAGGAAUCAGUCCUUUAAAUCCACAGGCAACACUCUGACCGUGCUUUUCUACAGUGACAGCAGUGUAACAAGAAGAGGAUUUCAUGCAAACUGGAUAUUUGUAGCUACUCACCCUCAGUGUGGAGGACAACUGUAUGACUCCGGGAUGUUUUACAGUCCAAACUACCCAAACUAUUAUCCUGACAAUGCCUACUGUGUGUGGUAUCUUUCUGCUCAGCAAGGACAGAGGAUCUUCUUGACAUUUGCUGAUGUGCAACUGGAGCGCUGCUGUGACUGUGACUACAUUACCAUUCACGACGGCUCUUCCACUGGUUAUCCACAGCUGGGAAAGGUCUGCUUCAACGACACCACACAUCAGGCAUUUCACUCUUCUUCACGAUACUUGACUGUUGUCUUCAGGAGUGACUUUUCUGGUGUUAGCCAUGGGUUCAAGGCUCUUUUCACCAGCUCUCUCACUGCAAAUGAAGGCAGUGUGGAUUGUACCUCAGACAACAUGGUGAUUGUACUACAGAGUUCUUACCUGAACUCACUAGGGCUGAGUGGAAAUGACCUUUAUGUUGAUGACCAUCUCUGCAGACCUAAUAUUAGCAGAACUGAAGUUGUGUUCAGAUUCCCCCUCGACACAUGUGGAACUGCCAAAGAGAUGAUGAACGGUUUUGUGUCCUACACAAACAAUGUGCGGGCAUCUCCAUCUCAGUCAGGUGUAAUCACUUAUCAGUCACUUUAUCUUCUGCAAGUGGGCUGCCGAAUGGAGCCGGACACUGUUGUGCAGAUCUUCUACAAGGCCAAAGAAAUUGUCAAUGCCAACAUAACAGGAAUGGGCCGCUUCAAUGCCAGCAUUGCCUUCUACACCUCUAGAAACUUCACCCAGCAGAUUUACGACUCUCCAUAUGAAGUGAAUCUGAAUCAGCAACUGUUUGUUCAAGUCAAGCUAACCAGGUCUGACAAGAGCCUGGAUCUCUUUCUGGACACUUGUGUAGCAUCUCCAAAUCCCAAUGACUUUAAAAACCGCUCCUAUGACCUGCUGCGUAAUGGAUGUCCCAGAGAUAGCACAUAUCUUUCCUACACCAAUGGCAUGGAUCAAUAUGCUCAGUUCAGUUUCCGGGCUUUCAAGUUCCUCCAGACUCAUGCCUAUGUGCACCUGCAGUGUAAGGUGAUCAUCUGCCCUGAUAAUGAUUACAACUCUCGCUGCCGUAAAGGUUGCCAAUAUCGGCGCAAGAGAUCCCUUGACAGCUCCUACAACACCAGUACUGUGACGCUGGGCCCGAUCAAACUCAGAGGUCAGGGGCCAGUAGCAGGUAUGAUGUGAAGGAAUCUGAGAAGUCGAUGAAGUGAACUAAGCAUCUUCUCAAGCUAUCUAACUAACUAUUGAAUGACUAUUGAUUAAUCUUUAAUCAUUAAACAAAGCAAGACAUUGUAUUUUUAAAAAUUGUUUUUUUAUUUUUUAAUAAAGCAUUUCUAAAUAGCA